UUGCACUCAGCUGAUCGUCUGCGGCGGAGGAAGAACAACAAACAAAUCGCCCUUCGUCAGCGCCAAAGUCUCGCUCCCGGAUUCGCGGAAGGCUGGAGGAAAAUUUUAUUUUACGGCUUAGUUAGCUUCCGACAGGCGCUGAGGAUAUCUGCAAAAGUGUAUGUAGCAGUGGUUAGAGGGCAAGAUGGAGCUCAUUGAAACCCUUUUUAGCUUCUCUGAGAAAGCUGGUGAAAUUGCACGGACAAUACGGAGAGAGCCAAAGCUUUUUUCUCUGUUAGUAGAGGAAAAAGGAGAAAACGAGAAAAAUCAAAGGUUUGCUCAAGACUUUAAGACCCUGGCCGAUGUGCUUAUCCAAGAAGCUCUCAGGCAUCAUGUUACACAAAUGAUUCCAUCACUUGGAGAACAUGUACAAGGGGAAGAGAGUGCUGAAUUUACAAAUACUCUUGGGGAACGGGUUAUUGUCCAGAUUUGUGCAACAAAAGAAGAAACAGCUACACUUCUUGAGAAGGUUUUAGAUGGCAACAAAGAAGCAGCAGAGCUAUUGGCAGCUGUUGUUCAUACAUCUAUUAUUGUAAAACCUGACUCAACAUUAGCUGCCAAGAUACCGAAAAUACCUCUGGAUAACUUGGGUAUAUGGAUUGAUCCUAUUGAUUCCACUGGCGAAUAUGUUAGAGGAGAAAUUGGAAAGCUGAAUGGAAGCAUAUACAGCAGUGGACUUCCAAGUGUGACUAUCCUCAUUGGUUUUUAUGACCGCUUUACUGGUGAAAUAAUAGGAGGGGUUGUUAAUCAUCCCUUUGCUGUGUAUGAUGAAGAAAACCAAAGUUGGCGUGGACAAAUCUACUGGAGUGUCAGUUAUAAUGAUGUCAAAGUCCAUAAUAUGCAAAUCCAUAAACUUGCCUCUGAUGCUCCUCGUCCAAUAAUAGUGAUGUCAUCAAGUGAAGAUGUAAAAGUGCAGGAAAUGCUUGGAAAGAAGUUUGACAUUGUUUAUGCUUCUGGCGCUGGAUACAAGCUUCUUGUUGUUGCACUUGGUCAAGUGGUGGCAUAUGUUUGCUCCAAAGGUUCAACUUUCCGGUGGGACACAGCAGCACCUCAUGGUCUGCUGCAAGCCUUAGGAGGUGGUGUAGUUGUCUACAGACAGUUAUUAACCUCUGCUGAAGAUAAUCAUAUCUCAGAAGAUGUGUUGAAAAGUAUUCAGAUAAAAUACCACAAGCCAAAUGUUGAUUCACCAAAAGCCAGCUUACAGUGGAGCAAUGCAGGAGGAGUUGUGGCUUAUAGGGAGACUGAAGUAUUACCAACCAUUUUAGAAUGUUUGAGAAACUCAUAGAUAAAAGGUUUUUUUUCUUUCUUUCUUUUAAGAGUAAACAAUAAAUUGGCCACAUAUAACACAUAACUUUUUUGGUGUUCUGUCUUUAGAUAUUGAUGAACUUUGUGAUAUCUAGAUUUGGUACAAGGGUGCAAAAUCUAGUACACUUUUGAAUAGUAUUUCUUUAUUUUUAUCUUCUGAAAUUAUACUUAUUAUUUUACCUGAGAUUGUAAGAUAGGAUGCCCACAAUAUUCAUAGGAAAUAUAUUAAUUCAGCAAGAUUCUCAGUUAUAAAUUAGACAUAUUUCACUACUUUCAUUUAUGUAAGAUCUUUUUGAUCUUUUUAUAUCAGAGAAGACAGACUUCUCUAUUUUACCUAGAUAAAAUUUUUGGCUACCAUUUUUGACAUUCAUCCCAGAUUAUGUAUUUAAGAGAAGAAUAUGACUUUGUAUAAAUAUGAUAAUAUUUUUUUUAUUAUAAAGAUAACCUGGCAUGUUAAUAUAUUGUGCAUGUUGAUAUAAAAUUUUACAAUAUGUGUGCAUGUAUGUGUGAGUGUGUUCAUGUGUUUGUGCCUUUAUAAAGAUGUUACUUUCCUUAUUUUUAAAUCCAAUGUCUGUAGGUUUAUGUACUGUCCUCUUUAGAUCUUUGUGAGUUUUAUUACAUACAGAUGGCUCCAUGUGUGCUCAGCCACCAAGGAGUCUAUCAGUUGGCCCUAGUGACCAUGCCUGAUUUCCC